UUCUCUGAUCUGAUCCCAUGUCGAGGCUUCCGGAGAUAAACUCUCUCUUCGCGGCGGUCGGGUCCUACCUCCGAUCUCAAGACUCGACGGCGAGAGUGGAUGUAGAUAGUUCUGUCUCUGAUCUGAACCGGUCACUCAACUUGCACGAAGUUCCUAGGGUUCGCAUUCUGGACACUGCGCUGUCUCUCAUGUGCUUCACGGCUCCUCAGGUCUAUGAUUCGAUGAUUGAAUUUACUUUGAAAACAAUUGUUGCUACACUUUCUUCUUCGAUUGAGUGCAAGAUGCUGACUAUCGACAAAGAGCAGGUCUUAAGAGUGGGAGGAAUGGUGUCAAAAAGUGACUGUGCUGAUAUUAUGGAAGCUUGUGUUGACAUUUUAAAGAAAAUAGAGGGACAGAAAGGGGAUCUAUGCAAUUCACUCUUAUAUGCUGUCAUAAGAAUGGCAUCUCUGGCUCCCUGUUUUCAGCGAGUAACACCAUCAAGUAUUAAUUUUGGAAUGAAGAUCAAUGAUCCCAGAAUUUUGGCUGCUGCCAACUUACUUGGCCAUGGUCGUGAUGAAUUCAACUUUGGGAAUGAAGUGGUACCUUUAAGGUUGCUGUUAUGGCAUUUAGAUCCAAUAAAUUUGAAGAAAGAUAUAUCCGAAAUUUUGCAGGAAAUUGUGGAAAGGCCCUUUCUUUCUUUCAGCAUGGAGAUACACAACAGACUAGAGUGGAGAUCCAAGUUACUUUGCCUCGUGGUUUCUCCCGUAAUGUUCAUUGAGACAAGGGCCUUGUUGCAUAGUUGGUUCUUAAUGACGGGUUUGGCUUCUGUAAUGGAAUUACAGAUCGACUUUGCUCAGCAAGUACUAGAUGUGAUUUCCAAACCUAUGUGGUGGGGUUUGUCAAUGGAAGUUGGAUUGAAGCUCCCAUUUUCUCAAGCAUACUUUCCCCAUGAACAUCAUCUAUCUAGAAUUUUGGCUGGACCUAUUUGUCAUGAAUACUUUCAGCUUUUGCUUAACAAACUAGAUGGUCCAGAAGCUCUGUAUGGGAGCCAUUUACGCACACAUUCAAAGGAAGCUGAAACCAAGUUAAAUGCAAUAGAUCAUAAAUCUGUGUGGGCUUUGGUGUUGAACUUCCCUCAAUGGUUCUAUUUUGCAACAAUGUUGCUCUUUUACAAUGAAAGUGCUACUGAAAGUUUCAGUUCUGCCACCAUUGCUCUGUCAGCCAAACCUUAUAUAAUGCAUGAUGUUCAAGUAUCUAAGUCUACUGCUGCAGCAAGAUUUAUUGCAUGGUUUCUGAACCCUAUUGAUCUGUCAUUCCAGUCUCUCAUGAUUGAUUGCCUGGUCAAAAUGUCAGAAGUAUGGACUUGGAAGUGCUCCAGCUCAACUAAAUGUGACAAGGGAACAAGAGUUCAUGGGAAGCAGAUUACAAGGUUCAAAUUACUAGAUAAGGAUGAAAAAAGUUCCAAUGAGGGCAAUACCUGGACAGUUAUGUUGUGGCUUGGUGAACUUAAAAGCAUGUAUACUAGGUUCUUAGGAACAAAAUCUAACACUUUCAUCUCCAAUACCAAAGAGCUUGGCACUCUCCAGUUCCUGUUAGUUAGGAGGAUCCCAUUAGGCAUCUUGCUUGUGCAUCUUAACCACCUAGAUGAAGCAAGUUGUUCUUUAAUUUUGCAUUAUGCAGCUACUGGAACCAUCCUCAAGCUCUCAGACAAACCAAAUAUGGUACAAAACCAGAAAAGAUGGAAAUAUAAUCAGUGUGCGGACUCAGCUAGGAGGUGGAUUGAACAGUGUACCCAAUCUGAAGCUGUUGAAGGAUGUAAAACUGUCUUUCACAUAACAGAUGUGGCAGAAACUAUUUCUCCUUCUAAAUUCGAAACUGAAGAGGAUGCACUGAAUUUCAUUUUCCAACUGAAACUUAAGGCAAGCAAUUAUUUGUUGAUGUGUAUUAAGAGGUUACUUCAACUCAAUAUCGAUGAUGAGGGCAUAAAUAUGCAAAGGGAUCUAUCUGCAAGGCUAGUCAGGUGGAGACGCCAGGGAAAAGAUGUAUGUCCAAGUAAGGAUAUGGAUUUCGUGUGCAAUGCUUUGAAUAUCUAA